AUGUCCACGGAAGAAAUUAAAAGAACUGCCCAUAUUGACAGUAACAACAUCGAUGAAUUAAAAGAGAAUGGAUAUAAAUCCGUUAUAUCUUGUGAUUCAGGUCUUGAGACCUUCGAUGCUAGUUCGUCUGUCUAUCUCGUAUCAUCAGAUUCAGAGUUAUCACCCAUUAAAAGUACAGAAAACCAUUUGAAUCCUUUAGAACUACAAGACGAGACAUCGGACAGUGGUGCCCCAGAAAACGAUGUUAGUUCUGAAAUAUCGACUCCUACUUCUUUGUCUUCCGAAGAUAAAGUAGAUAAUAAUUAUUUAAAUUUUGAAGAAAGUUCCGUCAGUAUUAGCUCUAAAAUUGAGUGCCCAACACUAGAAAUUGAGUCUAUAAACAAGGAUUCUGUAGAUUUGCAAAAUAUUAAUCGAUUAGAAAGCCAAGAUAUAAUUGACAAUAAACUUGACAACUUACAUAUUUUAAAAACUAGAAAUUUAAAUGAAUCUGCCUUGAAUAGUGAAAGUGGCUUAAGAAAUUCAACAUUUAGUUUAAACGAGCCAAAUGAACAAGACAACAACAUAAGCCUCUCUUUACACAGUCGGAGUGUUGAAAACUUAUCUUACGAACUAAAAACAAACAAUACCAAAGAACUGGAUAAAGAUCAAAUUCUUUCUGAAUUUACAAACCAAAAGAAUAAAGUAAGUGCCACACAAAAAAUAGUACCUGAUGUACCUCAAAAUUUAGAUGUCAGAUAUACAAGAUUACCUAAGGAACUCCUUUCUCAAGAUCUUGGUAGUAUAGUUAAAAAUGUCCAUGGAAUCUUCUCAACUGUAAGUGGAAGCCUUAAAAAUGUAUACAAUAAUAGUCAUAGAGUGGCUGCACCUAAACCACAAAUAAAAAAUGUUAAGGCUAUUUCUAAUGGAAAGAUAAUGAAUGAGAUUUUUGACGACAUACCUGAAGAAAAGCCUUGUGACCCAAAACCAAUUGUAGCCGAACACAGUAUUAAUAUCACCUCAGAGUAUGUUUCUAAAAAUAACAAUAAAGAUACCGAAAGCGAUAUAGAUAAUCCUAAGAAUGAAAUGCUUAAAUUGCAAAUAGAGUCUCUCGAGAGGGUAUUAUUUGAACAGAGAAAAGAAAAUGCCUCGCUUAGAGAGAGAGUUAAACAACAAGUUGAUGAAUUACAAGCAAAAGAUCAAACUUUUAAAGAAUUGGAAGCUAAAGUUGAUUUGAUGUGUAAGCGGGCAGAGCAAGCUCAGAAAGAGAAGGAUGCAGCAGUAAUGCGCUAUGCUAGUACUGAGUGUGCGGCCAUAGAGGCUAAGAAGGCAGCGGAGGCCUCGAGUAAGGCUGAGAAAGCAGCUAUAGUUGAAAAGGACCUGUUGGCUGCUAAGCUCAAGACUGCUAGAGAGGAAAAGCAGAGAAUUUGUCAACUUUAUGAUGACAAGUGCCAUGAGUUACAAACCAGUGAGCGUGAAGUCGCCAAAGUGAAGGAAGAGUACCGUGAGUUGGAGGGCCGCUUGAAGUGGACGCAGAGCAAGUUGAGGGUGGAGAUGGAAGCCUACAAGGAGAGCACAGAACGCGUAGAGAAGCUAUCUCAGCAGGUAUCGGAGUUGGAGGCUGCGAGGGAGGCGGCAGUUGUCAACGCCGCAGACACUAUACGCGCUAAGCAAUUGGAAAUAGAAUUAAAAGAGAGCCAAGCGGCUCUAAUAAUGUGCCGUCACGAGAAGGACGAGUUCGAGAAGCGUCUCGCGACCGCACUGCAGCAGCUCGAUACCUGCAAGAGGGAGCGGGACGAGGCUAUCUCCUCUCUCACUCUCUCUAACGAACAGGUGGAAUCUCUGAAGCAAAGCAACAUGAGGCUAGAAGAGGAGGCCGCGGAGCUGGCGGCGCUGCGGGCGCAGGCGGCUCUCGCUGACACGCUCAGCGCGCAGUUGCAACGUGAGACGGAGCGCGCGUGGACGGCGGAGCGCGCGCUGUCGGCGGAGCGCGCGCGCGCCGAGACGUGCGCGCGGCGCGAGGCGGCCGCGCUGCAGCACGCCGCCGCGCUCACCGCCGCGCACGUCGGCGAGCGCGCGCGCGCCGCGCGCCUGCACGACCAGGCACAAGCUCUCACCGCAGACAACACGUCGUUACGGGAAAAUUUAGAUGUAUUGCAAAAGGAUGCAGAAAAAUUAAAAAUGGCCCUAGAGGAAGAGACAGAGCGACGGAACAAGGAAAAUAAAGUGUUAGCUAGAAAGGUGGCAGAACUGACAGAAGAAGCGGCAGAAGCAAAUAAGAAGCUGGAGUGGGAGAAGGGAGAAAACAGCGUGUUGAAGAAGAAACAUGCGAGUGCUCUAAAAGAACUAAAUCGCGAAUUGCAACGGGCUUUUAAAAGAAUAGAGCAGUUGGAGGCGAAAGUGCCUCAAAACGACUCGCCUUCGAUUCGAACUGGUUCUAUAUCCUCACUAAGCAGUACAGACAGCCCGCAAGAGGAGCGGGUGCAAAAUGGACACUCGCCGGACACAUUGCCGGACGUGCAGAAGGAAACUCAGCUUAUGACGCGGUCCCCGGAGUGCGACCGGCAGGCGCUGGUGGAGCGCGUGGUGGCGCUGCAGCGCGCGGCGGCGGCGCGCGCCGAGCGCUGCGAGUUCCUGCAGGAGCACUGCGCCGCGCUCACGCGCGAGCUGCGCGGCAAGGCGCGCCUCCUGCGCGCGCUGCUGCCCGCGCUGCCGCCCGCCGCGCUCGCCGCCGCCGACGCCGACCGCCACAAGAGCGAGAUAGCGCAAAUGGGUGGCGGGGCGAUGGCGGCGCUGUGGGGCGGCGACCCUGGCGGUAUGACUCUAGACCUGUCCCUGGAAAUGAAUAAACGAUUGCAGGCCGUUUUAGAGGACACGUUGUUGAAAAAUAUUACGCUUAAAGAAAAUAUGGACACCCUCGGCGAAGAAAUCUCCAGAUUACGAGAACAGAUGAAGGCAAAUGAUAAUAAA